UUAGGAGGCUUUUACCAGAGCGAAGUGGGACAGGUCUCCUGCAAGAAUUGUAGCACAGGCACUUACGUUUCAGAGGAACGUCAUCCUGGCAAAACUCCCACUGACUGUCACGCAUGUCCGUACGGUAAGAGCAAAGUUCCUUUGAAGGAAAGUUUCUUGGUAUUGCGGGUGGCAGGGUUCGUACAGAGCCUUGAAUUCUUGAAAAAAAGUCUCGAAAUUUGCCCAGCAAUUUUCCAGACCUGUAAAAAAGUUUGGAAAAUGGAGAGGAAGUCUGGAAAAAUGGUAAAAAGUGAGGAGUUUUAUUUAUUUAUUUUUUUUUCAAAGCUAGCAACAAGUUCUUGAUAAGUGAAUUUUUUUUCAUUUUGGUCAAUCUUAUUCAAUCUCGCCGGUACGUUUGCAGCGCGUCAUGAAAAAACCUUUGCUUCCUAAGUUUUCUAAUGUCUCCUUUGAUCACCUAUUUGAUCAUUAAUUUGAUUUUGAUCAUGAUCAUUUAUGUUGAUCAUUUUGGGAAAAAGUCUGGAAAAAGCCUUGAAUUUUGGAUUCAAAAAUAUGUACGAACCCUAGGGGUGGAGCUAUCACUAAAUGAGGCAAUACCUCCAAACAAUCGAAACGACAUUGAACAAUAUCCACACCAAAACACAAUACCUAACCAACAAAACAUCCACUGUUACGUUAUACUUCCGCACAUCUCUUAUUGUGAUUACCUAACGUACUCAAUUACUAUGAUGACGGCUCAAACUAGCCCAGUAAAUCAGGCCAAUCAAUAGCGCAAAAAAAAAUGCUAUUAGCCAAUCAGAGAACUGGAAACAAUUCAAAUGCAUGCACUGUUUUCUUGCUGGCUGCACUUAACCAAACUGCACGUCUUAACAUAACAUUACAGAAUCGGCGCCUAUUGAAACUAUUUUGAGCUGAUUAAAUAUUUUAAGGAUUUAAACCAGUAGAAUGGAGUGUCUGUAAAACCAGGAACAGGCUCGGAACACCCCAGAACACUCCCAAAACACCCCGGAACAUACCUAGAACAACCUGGAACACCCCCAGAACACCAUCAGAACACCCCUGAAUACCCCGGAGCAAAGAAAAUCUCCAACACCAAAAAUUUGAAAAUAAUACCAGUGAAUAAUCAACAUGUUUUAUCUGUAACUGAAAAAAAAAAGGUACGUCACAUGGGUCGGCAACUCACGCUGUUUAACGACUUCUGUAGUUCCCCACGCAGCCGUUUCUACCUUGUCUUCGCCAUGGAGGAGCGUUGCGUGACAUUUGCGUUGUGCGAAAUAAACAAAGAAAAAAUCACCUUAAUUUUGGGAACAAGGGUCUUUUUGCAGGAGCAAGCGCGGACGCAACUUGGUAAAGAGCACGCGACCAGUGACAGUGAGCGUGGUGCAUAGUCAUAGGAACCAAAUUCUUCACUUUGAAAGCUUGCUUGAGAUUCAAAUGGUAGCAGGAACUUAGGAAAGAUCUUCGUUGUACAAAAUAAGUAAAAAUCUGGUGAUUUAUAUAGAGACGGAUGCGCUGAACGAGGUCAAUAGCAAGUUUCUCAAGGAUGUCUUUUGACACGAACAUGCCUGCUUGUUGUUGUUUGGCGCUCGACUUAUAUAGUCUUGAUUCCCCUUCAAGAACCGCAAAGUUUGGGGUAGAAUGCAUUGCUGCUGGGUAGAUAUCGAACAAAAUGUUCUUUAUUUAGUGUUUGUCUAUAAAUCGGAUGAAAAUUAGUUUCUCGAUGCCGUAGAGGAUUUCUGUCAAUAAUUUGUAGAUAGCUGAUUUAGCCAUAUUUCGGGAGUGGAUUAAUAACGAUCAGCGGGCGACUACCACGCUGUUAUCAGUUGGAAUAGAAAGGUGUUCCCUUACGUAUUUUAGCGAUACAAAGUUUUUUUAUCGGAAAAUUGUAGAAGUUCUUGUUUUUGCUUGGACUAACAUUGUAACGCAUCUUGUGCAGAACUUAAGUGCUGUAAUAAUUUUUAACUUUUCAUGACUUUUGGUCAGCAUCACAUGUUUACUGCACUUCUCGGGAAACCUAACCCCUUGUUUCAUCAAAAUCGGUCACAAGAUUCGACUUUAAUUUCGGUCCUAUUGAAUGCAGUUUCGACUGUGCCUCAUUGAUAUUCACUUUUUUUGUUUUUCGAGACAUACCGAGUUACGACCACCAAACAUCUCACCAGGUGACUAAUCUACGUCUCAUGUUCUCCUAAUUUCGUCGUUUAAAAGUGCUGGGAAAAUUGUAGAACAUAUAUUAAUUCACUGCUGAACUGAACACCGGCUUUUGCGCACUUCGAACCCCCUCGCUGAUAUUUGCAAUGAUAUAAGAGGGAGGGAGAGAGGGGGAGGGGUUAGAGAGAAAUUCGCGAAAAUCUGUGUACAGCUACUUCUACACAAAUCCCUAACCAUAAAACAACCAAAAAAAGGACAUAAGCAAACAACACAGUAAACAAGCUAAGACAGGGGAAGUUGAGAGAAAUUACAAAAUGUUUGCUAACCCUGUGGUAGAUAUAUAGAUUUAAGCUAAAACAGUUGAAUAAAUACAACAAUUACGUGAACCAUUUUAAACUAUGUUAUUGAGAUGUUGCUUGUUCCGUGGUUGAAGCUUGUUUCAAAUUUCUCAGCACUAAAUCGUUUUACUUGUAUAUGGCUAGGUACACUUUCCAAUGAAACUGCUGGUCAUCGUGCAUGCAAAUGCCUUCGCGGAUUUUACCGCAUGGAUCGAUUUGGCUCCUGCUCUGAAUGCCCUGCUCACGGUAUAAAGUGUGUCAACGAUACAGCAAUUCUAGCACCAAAUUAUUAUUGGAAAUGGCCAAGUGAAAAGGAAAAAAGGUUUUAUAGCAACUUCCUUAAAAAUAUUUACACACUAGAGCCUCCAUACGACAAAAAUUUCUCCAGGUUUCAGGGAACGCUACCCCAGCCCCAAAAAUGUCCAUAUCCUAAAUCCUGUAAUGGCGGAGUUGACUCGUCCUGUCAAGACAAAUUCAAAGGAAUUUUAUGUGCCUCAUGCUCUAUCAACCACUACCUCCGAUUUAACACGUGCCUGGAAUGCCCAAGAAUGGUUAACACAAUCAUAUCAUGCGUAGUCGUAGUUCUGGUAUUUGUUGCGGUGUUUUUAGUGGUUCUUUGGGGUGACUCGAAACGCACAGAAAACAAUCGUACGGUUGCAGAUGUCGUUAUGUCUUGUUGCAAAAUUGUUAUUGGAUUUUAUCAAGUCAUUGCUGGAAUUUUUUCUGCGCUUGUGUAUGUUCGAUGGCCUGUUAUUCUAAUCUCCAUGGAAAAAUAUUUGAACUUUGUUGAGGGUAACAUACUGAAGUUCGCACCUUUAAGCUGCAUUUACUCUAAAUUGCGUCCAGAUCCAUUCCUACAAUUUUCUCUCGCUGUUGGCAUAAACAUAUUUGUUGUUUCCCUUAUUCUUCUCUACCUCUUCCUGAAGAAACGCUACAUAAAC